ACAGCCGAUGCAGUCCUCCCCUCCAGUCAAAAUCGAUCAGCGGUGGAAGCGUGUGGCCGUAAUGUAACUCGACAGACUCCAUCAACAACAACCGGAGUGACCGCACUUCAAUGGCUGACCAGAGCUGGGUGUGGAUGUGUUGAUAGCCCGGUAGCUAGCUGACCUGUUAGUGUCGGAGGCUGGUGAUGGAGAACAUCGAGGAGGCUUCUCCCCUCCGGAUCACCCCGACCGUCCGGGCGCUGAGCUCCGCACUGCGGGGGAAGCGGGACAAUGUGCCCGACUCCGGCCGGAGAGACGGCGACAGGAUCUUCCCCGACCCGGAGAAGCUGUGGUUCAAGGAGAGCAGCUCGAAGAACCUCCGGAACCGGGACUUUCUGUCGCCCACCACGAUGCUCAACACGCUGUAUGCGGACGGACAGGUCCCUCCGCCAGUGAUGUCCAGGGUCCUGUCCCUGCGUGGCAGUGGGGUUCUCCCUGUGGCUGGUGGGGAGGUGAUUGGAGAAGGGCUGAGGGUGAGGGUGGACCGGCCCGCAGCCUUUAAGGCCGUUCUGUCAGGUGGAGCCACAGAGUAUCUGAAGCCCUCAAGUCAGAGGCAAAGCUGUGUGGUGCUUAACUGCCCCGCGCUGCACCCUAAACCCAACACACCCGCUCCUGAUACACUGACUCUAGGCCAGCUGAGGACUGUUCUGCUGGCUGACCACAUGGGGGCGCUGCUGAGAGGACAAGGAUUUGCAGUGUCCUAUUGCCCGACGCUUCCCCAAGACAGCGACAUCAGCACCUUUCUGCAAGCUCUGGGAAUCGAUUGGCCGACAGCCCCAGCCAGCUGGACCAACGAUGAGCGGGAGGAGAAGAUCCAGGAGGCGCUGGAGAACUGCCCUUACAAAGAGAGGGAAACGGAGAGAGGCAGGAGGACCAGCGGUGGUGGAGGAAGGAAGGCAGAGGAGGGGGAGAACGAGGGAGCGCUCAGGGUCAACCUGAAAAGAGUGUUCCAGGAGGUGGGGCUGCUGGGAUACGACCCCAGCCUGGGUACCUGCACAGUACAAAGGGACAGUGUUGCACACCUGGCACAACUGGACCUAGCCACAGCCGACUGCACAGUAGCCAUGACAACAGCGUUACAUGUGACUUCCUGUCAGGAUGAGUUCCGCCAGCAGCAGAUAGCAAUGCUGUGGAGAGCCAGUGGAGCGACGCACACGCAGAGACAUCUGGUGUGUGGGCCUGUGAAGACUACUGGGUCUCACCUCACUGCUGCACAGUACCUGCAGCUGAGAAGAGAACAGAUGAAGGAGGCCUCAGAGAUGAAGUAUGGAGAUCAAGUAGAAGGUCAGACGUGGGAUGACAUCAUCAGGGUCAUGACUUCUGCCACAGUCCGAUUUGAGCUGCUCUCUACAGUCCACACUAGUCCUGUGACACUGGAUGUCCAGAGGGAAGGGGGCGUGUCCACCAAAGGGCCGAGAGGAGGCGUGUUUGUGAUGUACAACUGUGCCAGACUUCACACUCUGUUUGACAGCUACGAGAGAGGAGUGGAGAAGGGUCUGUACCCAGAAAUCCCUGAUGGCUCCCAGCUAGACUUCUCUUCUCUGAAAGAGGAGGGCGAGUGGCUGCUCCUCUUCAAUUACCUCAUCCCAUUCUCCGAGCUGCUGGACCAAUCAGGACAAGUGCUAGAUGGGGAAGGGGGAGGAGCCAGAGUCAAUAUAAAGACUGAACAGAUCUGUAAAUUUCUCGUGUCUCUCAGUAAAGACUUCAGCUCAUACUACAACAGAGUCCACGUGCUGGGGGAGCCGUUGCCUCAUCUCUUCAACCAGAUGUUUUGUCGCCUGUAUCUGUUGAGAGCCUUGAGAGAGCUCUACCACAGCGCUCUGGACACCCUCAACCUCCCCCCCAUCAGGCAACUAUAGCCUCGAUAGAAUUUACUCCGGCCAUCAGUGUUAGCCCUACCUCCCCACCCAUCACACACACACAGACACACACACAGACACACACACACAGACACACACACACACAAACGCUUGUAGCUUCAUCAUAUAAACACUUUGCUUGGAUAUUAAUGUGUCCAUGUGACACAUUGUUAGCUUCCCCUGUUUUUGGCCUUGUCACAGCCAGUGAUGAGAUACUGUUUCACCUGCUCACUAUGUAGCUUCUACAGCUCAAUGUGAAUGAUUUCCUGUAGCUGAACAUACUCUGUAAUACAAUAUUACUCAUCAAUCCUGUAAUGUGACAAUGGUGAUGGUAAGUUUACCUUGAUGUGGUCGGACUGGUUUUGUUGGAAGCUGUGCACAGAAUUCAUAUUUUGGGAAAUCCUCUUAUUUGCUUUCUUAUCAAGAGUAAGAUGAGAAGGUCAAUAAAAUUCUUAUAUAGUUUCCUGAGGAACACAAUCUGCCCGCUAGCUCCUCGAAAACUCUAUCAAAACAUUAUCAUAGUUUAUCUUGGAUUAUAUAAUAUUAACAUAAACCAAAGUGUGAAAACAAUAAUCUGAUAUGGAGCGUUACCUGUUGGACUAUUUCUUAUCUUGGGCCAGCUAACAUCCCGCCAGAGGAGGCUCCCAAAAAGUUACUGAUCCCUGCCAGGAGACAGUCUGAAACAUACUGUAAACCUGCAAAGUAUCAUUUUCCCCUUUUGUCCAUCAAACAGACCAGGCAGCCAAAUUUGAACAACCAAUGUGGCAAAUGUAAAGCAACUCAGUUAAUGAAGGUUUGUUCCAUUUAAGCUUUCAAUUAUAAAUUCUACUCUCGUCGUUUGACCAUUUUGUGCAUUUUUAUGCCCUUUAACCCAACAACCCACAAAACUUUCUAUUUUGGUGCAGUAUUCCCAACAUUACUCUUGUGUCCCACCUGAACUGUAGUUAAACUUGUUCAUCUUUUUAAAUGGCCUAAUUAUAAUCUUGGUAGCCACUGGUUUAUGACGCUUCACACCUCCCUUGUGUGGUCUGGACCUUCUGAGUUUUCAGUUUUGUCCAAACCAAAAUAAUAAUGUCCGACCAAAAGAGGUGGUCUCUGUCCUGAUGAAAAUAACCGUAGUUUCUUCGUUUGGGAGUGAAAAAACAUAUUUUUGACAUUGUAGACCAACUACAAGAAGGAAAUUAGCAGGUAAUACCACAAUGACGGUUCAUUCAUUCUCUUCAUUCGAACAGAAAGAUAACAAAGAAGUGAACCUUGGUUCAGACCUUCAGGUGUGAGAACGUCCUUAAUGUCAGUGUCAACAGUCUCUUCUUUGAAACCCUGUCUGAAAACAGUCCUGAAAAUCUUACUCUAUAUGAGGUUUUGUCGUCGAGGCUCCAGUUUCAUGAACGUUUGCCACCUCACAUUUAUCAAUGCCAUAUAAAUAUUUAUUGUCGGUUUUAAAAUCUUUAGAUGUCAACAGAAUAUAUGUAUAUUCUGCAUCCUGAGUCUUAAAUGCUGUGUUGAUAUGAUUCUCCAGAACCCUCAGAUUAGUUUUAGUUAUUGUGCUCGACAAAUCACAAAGGUUCAGUAUCAAACAUGUACCAGAUUAACAGGUGCAAAGGCAAGCAGCACCUUUGCAGUAUCUAGGACUUUGUGCCAAAAUGUUAGGAAAUGCAUGAAGUGGCAUGAAAAUAAUAUAUAUAUUAAGAGUUUUAUGAGACAAGAUGUAAUUUAUAAACUGUGGGAGGGGAAAGAUAAUGAGCCUAGGUUGAACCUUCGGUGUCUCUGACAUGUGCAAAUGUGUUUGUUGCAAUUUCAUUUUUGGUAAAACGUGCCAUAACUUGUUUAGUUUUUUGAAUUACCUGUCGUUGAAACAAAACUGUUGUAUCGUACACAAAGAUCAAUAUCAAAUUCUCUUCUCACUGCAUGAAAUGUUGUCUGUUCCUGAAUUGUCAGAUUUCUUUUUUUAUGGGAUGUUUUUUGACUUUGUUUUCACUAAAGAAAAGGGAAAGAGAGGUUUGCAAUAAGCAGAUUUGUUUACAGUAACUGUUGUUAACUGCCAUAGUAAUUAUACUGCUGUAUUAAAGCAGCAGAGAUGCUGGAUGCUGGAUAUUUUUUUUUAUACCUUAUGCUGGAUACUGAAUAGAUGCCAUUUGUUCUAGUACAUCAACAGUGGGACUCUCGUGUUGCCAUGUUUUCACCCAUGAGACCUCAACAUCUCUGACCUUCCACCAUUUCUCGUUCCUCUCUCCUUCCCCUUCGCUGUUUCCCCUCCACUGACUCCUCAUAAACAGAUUUUGACCUUGCUAAUUUCAGGGCCGCGUGUUUUGGGUGUUCAACUACUUGUGAUUUACUUUUUUUAAAGCUGAUUUCUGUAAACGCUGAUAAGAAGCAUGUUUUCUGUGUGAAUCAAACAGCUACAACACAAUUAAAAAAUAAUGCUUUUAAGUAAGGAAAGAAUCGUUAAACCACACAGCUUUGUAAUGGACAUUAUCAAUAUUAAAAGAAAUCCCAAGUCUGUCUUUCCUGCACCAAUAAGCAGCAUUGCCUCAGCUUUAUAGGAUAUUCCUUUGUAUAGUGUAAAAUCUCGAUACGUCUCUGACCCGUGAGUAUAUCCACUCAUCUGAAUCUAAGUAUUCCUGCCAAACGUCCUCCAACACACAUCUGUCCACCUACAGUUUCUGUAUCAUUCCCAUCUGCAGAAUGAAAAUAACUAAGACGGGCUCCCUCGCUCUGUGUUUCCCUCUGCGUCAGACUGAUGCAAAUAAAGAAUCUGCUCCAUUGUUGCAAACUGCCCUUAGGCCCCAUAAAUACAAUAGCCCACAUACUGCAUGGAUAUAUAGAAUAUGCUGUUAACAGUGAUCCAUCAUGAUAGAUAAAACCCUGUUAAUGUGACGUGAAAUAAGUCGUUACUCUUUUUCUCUUCUGCUUCCUAUCCCCCCGCCUGGGUUCCUAAUAUGGUGUUUUCUCCCCUUCUCUCCUUUAUCUGUUCCCUCAUUUGGAGCUCGUUAAUAGAAAGGGAGGGACUGAUUCAUGGCUGAAAACACGCCAAAGAUUUGAUUCUUAAAAACCAGAGCCACUUCUGUAAUCUUUGGGACAGUAAACUUCAAUACAGUGUUUACUGUCAAAAUUCAGCUUCAGUUGUAUUCUGAAGGAACAUGCGUCUUGUCCUCCAGACUUUGAUUACUAUCUUGGUUUAUUGUUAAGUCAAAUAGUAUUUAUUCCAUCACACGACUCUAAAACCCAGAGAAAUCUAUAAAAAAAUGAUCAGUUGUAUCUGUCUAAUCCCUAAUUUAUCCAGCAAACUUGUGCUAUUAUUUUAGCGAGGACACUCAUUGGCAUAGUGCAAUCGCAAGCCCCUUACUCUAACCAUCACAAAAUAAUGCCUAUGCCUAACCCUUACCCUUGCUACAACCUAUUUCUAACCGAAAAAAGCAAGACCUAACCCUCAAACAGUCCAUUGAAAGUGGGUCAGAAAGUGAAGACCAGCCAAAAUGUCCCAAGUUCAUGUACGUACACAGCUGUGAGUCUCACCUGUAACCCUUUUCUGUGUUCAAUCAGAUAUGUACUUUCCAAGCUAUGCUACUACUACACAUGUUGAUCAAUAAAUUAUUUCUUCACCA